GAUAGUUGGGCGCCAUUUUGAAUAUUUACCUUGGAGUUAGCAGGCAACGAAAACAAAGUUUCAACUGACUCACCCGGCAGAGAUUUUCCUAUUCAGACCCAGUAUGGGGUGAUCGGGACAGUAACGAACUCGACACACUUCUCGGGAGAAAUGGGAGUCUAAAGUUAAGCCAGCAUGUAAGCCAUCAGCAGAAGACCAAUGCCUGCUGCUAUUCCGUCCAACUCAUCCGGAGGUGCCAACCACAAGCUGCGGCCUCUGCAGAAAGCUGGCAGGUCCCACAAACACCUCCUGCGCCACUACCAUGACAUCGCCUCCAGCCUCUUCAGCUCAGAGAGACUGCAUGGUCUGGAGGAACUAUUUCUGGCAGCGGCCAAGGGUGGUGACUAUGAAAGAGUUUUCAACUUCCUGCAGCGGCGCAGCCAAGACGUCAUCAGUAUUGAUGUGAAGGAGCCAAGAACAGGAAACACAGCCCUGAUCUGGGCUGCACAGAACGGCCACACCAGGAUAGUAGACCUGUUGUUGAAAUAUGGUGCUGACAUCACCUUACGUAACCAUGAGGGCCAGACAGCCAUGGACCUGGCCCCUGCACACUUGUGUCGCAUGCUGCUGGAGUCUGUGGACAGGGUGGGGACGUCCCACAGACACCUGCUGCAGGCUGCCUGGCAGGGAAACACCAGGAAAGUCAAGGCAUUGUUGGGUGGUCGAAAGGCCCUUGACAUCAACUGCAGUAAUUCUGAAGGCUUCUCACCCCUCCUGUUGGCAACAAGGGACAUGGACAUGUUCCAAGAUCUUGUUCCAGGUCAUCAUAAUCCUACAGAUGUUGUAAAAGAGCUGAUUGGAAAGAGAGCAGAUGUGACUGCCUAUGAUGAUGAGGGUAAGACACCCCUGCACCUGGCUGCAUCUGCUAAGGGUCAGGGGUCAGAGAAGGUGGUGGCAGCUCUUAUCAAAGGAGGCUCUGAUGUUGAUGCUCCAGACAAGCGCAGUUUGACCCCCAUCCACUGGGCCUCCCAGGUUGGCAAAACCUCCUCAGUUCUGACACUGAUCGAGGGUGGAGCUGAUGUGAAUGUUAAAGGAUGGUCUGGGGCUACACCGCUACAUGUCUCAGCCUCCCAUGGCCACGAGGAGUGUUCAGCUGUACUGCUGGAACAUGGGGCAGACAUCACGAGUGUGGACGAUGCAGGAAUGACACCUGCUGAGGUGGCCAAGGGAAAGAGACUCAAGAGUGCACUUAGAGAGGCAUGGACAGAGGCCACCCACUCGGACAGAAGCAGAGAGCUAACUCCAGUUAGACCUCCAUCCAGAAACCCUGCAGAACAAAAGGAAGAGCAGACAUUGGAUGAUUCCAUACAGGGACGUUCCUCCAGCUCGCCAGUGCUGAGCUCCACCCCCCUCCACAUCCGGGCGCUCCAGCACCUGGCUGCAGAGGAGAGGAAGCUUCAUGUAGCUGAUCCUGGCAUGGCGGAUGGAGAGUCAAGUCCAAGGGAUUCUGUGAGGAAAUUAGGGGUUCCUCGUGUAUCCAGUAAGACUCCCCCCAGACACCACCGGACCCGACAGAACAGCAGUGACAGGGCCACACUGGCUCCCCUCAUCCUGUCCAGGGCACAGGUCAAGCAGAACAAACUAAAGACUGCGCUCCGUGGUGUGACAGACUCCCCAUCCUUACACAUCAGGGGGAAGGGCAGGCUGAAGAUCACAACCAUGGCCAGACACUCUCAUCCGUCUCCACGGCAACAGGAUCCGCUGCCCCAGCUGGUGGCCCCUGUGUCAGUCACCAUGCUGGAGCUGGGCAUCACAGAUGGGGUGAAGGAGAAACGACUUCAGAGACUAGAGAACAGCCCCAUUGGUGCUCUGAUACAGAAAAGACCGAGAAUCAUGUCGUUUUCUGGAUCUGCAUGCAGCAAGAAGUUUUCCCCGCGGGACAGACGGGUGAACUCCGACCCCUGUGCCGGUGAUGUGGCAGCGGCAUGUGAGAUGUACAUCAGACAGGCCAGCAGGUUACAGUACAGGCUGCCUUCUCCUCAUCUGGAGCACAGGGAGGAGGAGGAGAGCAGGUCACUCUGUAGUCAGAAGGAAAGUCGUGAAUCUUCCCCCUUCCUGCCCCCUCCCUCACCUCGCCAGUUCCUGUGCAGCGGAGGAGAAACAUCAGUAGAGACAUCUCCAAGAAGUCAGGAUGGCAGUACUGAAGAUUUAGCAGAGAAGGAGGGUUCUGUAGUCAGUGGAACCAAUACAUCUUCACUGCUUUCAAGAUCUUCAUCAUUUGUUAUAGAAGACAGUCAGCUAAGAGGAAGGUCACAAAGACUAGGAUGUGGCAAAGGCAAGGCAGACACUCAUCAUAGGAGCAUACCACCUGUUGCUCCAGAUACUCAUCAGAAGACAGAAACUUCUACAGAACACUCAAGCUCACCAGAUUCCACAAGCCAGGAAGUCCAGCAUGCAGUUAUGCAAAUCAAAUCAGUAAAAAAAUCAGCUAACAAACCAACUGUGGCACCAGCAAGUGAUGACCAGCAGGUAGAUAGACAUAGAGCAGUUCAAGGGGUUUCUGGUGAGAAAGCAUUGAAAAAUGGUGCCAACACAAAACUAUCAGAAACCCAGAACAAAGACUCUACUGGAGCAAAGGAAACAGAGGAUGAAGGAUGUAAAAGUCAUGCUGAAAAAAACUCAAAGUGUCCAAAAGAGAGCAAUGAGACAACAAGCAUUUCAGAAUUUGUGGUGUCAAAAGGAAGCGCAAGCAAAGAUAAUGCAAGAAAGAAAAGAACUAAAAAGAAGGUAGUCACAACAAAUGGCUUGGAUGAUGUUGUGCCAUAUCAAAAGAAGACUUUAAAACAGUCCUCUAUGAAGCCUAAAUCUCCACAGCAAGAAGUGCGUGUCUGUGAGACUCCAGAUUCCGACAGAUAUGCCACAAUAUCAUACAGACUGAGUGAACAGCUCAUGAUGAGGAAGGACCAGAACUACUAUCCAGUUCAACCAACAGUAGAAUGCAAACAAAAUGCAGUAGAGGUGGAUGUGGAAGGUUCCACUCAAGAACACAGGGGUAGUGAAACUGAUGUUGCACACAGUAUGUCUAGUCCUGGUUCAACUAACACACUGCCAAGAUUGACUGCUUCUGAAUGCACAAAUAUCAACAUGACUAGCAAUAAAACUGACAGUAGCAUGGCUACAGACUCAACAACGUCCAAAACUGUAAAUAAUGAUAAUGAUGUGCAGUCUAGUCUCAUUCUGCCUUCUGUUGAAAUUAUAAACCCAACCCCACAGACAACAAUGGAUGAGCCCACACCAAUAAUACAAGACUUUCUCAGUCUCCUGCCAAUUCUCACACAAAAUGACACACAAAAUGUCAAGCCUAGUAGUGCCAAACCCACCAAGAAAAGUGCAGGAAAGAGAACAAGGGAGACAUCAUCCAACAGACAACAGAGACAGGGCUCAGGCAGCUCAACUAGGUCAGGUAAAAGCUCGUCUAAGUCUUCUGCCACAUCUAAUACGGCUGCUAAAAAAUCUAGAUCAGGAGAUUCAGCAAAGGGCAAAAUGCAACCACCUGCCAAACAAAAGAAGAGCAAGAAGAAAAAGAAGGAGGAAGUUGAAGAAGAUCUGAGCAAGGUUGAUCAAGGUGCCAUUGCUUUUGUGUCUGGUCUUGGAUGGCACAUUCAGACUGACUAUGCAGAAACGGACUAUGCACCGUCACCUGACCUCCUGAAAGAUAUCACAUCCCCAAGGUAUGGGGAAGAAGAAGCCAUAAGGGAAGUUAAACACACUUCUAAGAAACAGUCUAAAGACUCAAAGACACAGCUUUCCCCAUUAGCAAUGUCGGUAAAUGGAUUGAAUGCGAAGAACUCAGGAAAAACACAUGGAAAUGUUGGCAGUAUGGUUAGAAACUAUUUCAAGGAAGGGACCUUGAGCAAAUCCCUACCCAAACUUCUUCCUGAAACCCUGAAGGCCAUCAGAGAGUUCUCUGACGACAUGAAGGCAGCGACACUUCCCUUCCCCCCAGACAAGUCUGAAGACUUUGACAUCACUGAAGACGUUAAAGCAUCAACUCUUCCAUUGCCUGACACAAAGUCUGGCCAGCUGGUUAUUGACAACAGUAAACUGUCCCAUGACUUACAGGUACAGCUACAGAUUGACACAGAGAAUAACAGAGACAAUGUUCACUUGGGACAGUCUGCAGCUGGGAGUGUGGACACACGUACUACUUCCUUCCCAGAUGAUACUGAGUCUGUAAGCUCACAUGACUCAGACCUGGAUGCAUUUUAUCAAGAAGCUCUGAUGCAGCUUGAGGAUGAGGAGAAUACAGAUGAGAAUGGUUCUAUGGCUCCCAUCCUGCUGGGCCAUGGGAACAUGAACGUUCCCCACACAGACAAUGGUGAGGGCUGGUCCACGAGAAUCACAUCACGUAAGACUAGCUUUCAAACUGAUCUAGAUGACAUAGACCAGACCAUGUCUGUGUACUCGGAGUACAGCGCUGUAGUAGACAAUGUGAAGUUUGUGGGAGAGGAUGGAAGUGAGGUGAGCACCCUGACACCCCUCCCCCCUGAUGACUAUGAUGGUGCUGAUGAGACCACAGAACUGGUGAUGGCUCCGCGGGGACCGGAGGACUUCAACAGCCUGAACUCUGAGCCUCACACCAGUAUCCUGCGCAGCUGUGCCAGCCGCAGUAGUGGCCGCAGUGGCAGUGUGGCCACCUACAGCACUGAGGGGGUGGGGUCACAGGAGGAGGAGCAAGUCAUUCAGUGGAAGAAAGGCAACCUGUUAGGGAAGGGUGCUUAUGGCAAGGUGUGCUGUGGGCUGACGAGCCGUGGGGAGUUGAUUGCUGUGAAGCAGGUGGAACUGAACACAGCUCACUGGGAGAAGGCUGAGCAGGAGUACCAGAGGCUGCGGGACGAGGUGGACCUGCUGCAGACACUCCGACACAGGAACAUUGUCAGGUUUCUGGGCACCAGUCUGGAGGGUAACGUGGUGAACAUCUUUAUGCAGUUCAUCCCAGGAGGAACCCUGGCCUCCCUGCUAGCACGCUUUGGUGUGCUGGAGGAGGGUGUGGUCAGCAGGUACACCAGGCAGAUCCUCAUAGGUGUGGAGUACCUGCACAACAACAACAUCAUCCACAGGGAUCUGAAGGGGAACAACAUCAUGCUGAUGCCCAAUGGUGUGAUCAAGCUGAUUGACUUUGGCUGUGCCAGGCGUGUGUGCGAGCGGCUCAGUGUCUCCAACAGCCAAGUACUGAAGUCCAUGCGAGGCACCCCAUACUGGAUGGCUCCUGAGGUGGUGUCAGAGUCUGGCUAUGGUGUGAAGUCUGAUGUGUGGAGUGUGGGCUGUACAGUGUUUGAGAUGUUGACAGGGAAGCCACCCUGGGCGGACAUGGCUCCCAUGGCUGCCAUCUUCCACAUUGGCAGUGGCAAGGAGGUGCCUGAGCUACCUGACACAGCCUCCCCUCCUGCCCACAACUUUGUCCAUGCCUGCCUGACAAGAAACCCAGCCCAGCGGCCGUCAGCCACACAGCUGCUCAAGCACUCCUUCAUCCUGAGGAGGCAGGAGGAAGACUAGUCAUGUCUGCAGAGACCUGGGGGAAUAGUUCAUCUCCACCAGACUAAGUAUGCUGGCUAUAACAGUCUACAUAUUCUACACAUCCGCUUACUAACUAUGCUGACUGAGAAUCAUUGACCGGGGGAGUUAGGCCACCAUGGGGCAACAUUUUUCCAUGCAGGGGAAAAUGUUACCUUUCCUAGAGAAUAACUUCCCUCACCAAUUAUUUGCCCUAUUUUUGCCAAAUUCUACUAUCUGUUACUAUCUGUAGCCUCUCUGGAAGGCUAGUGGAGGCUAUGUAAUUGUGAGGAAUAAUGAUGUUCUGUUCAAUGUACCAGACAUACAGUAGAAAGCUGGGCCACAGGUCAGACUUCACAGACAUGUCAAACUGUAACUGGAUAAUGGUGUUGCUCACAUGUCUUUCUGUAAAAUGUUGCCAUUUGUAAAUGUGCAUGAUUUGUAUUAAAAGUUUAUGAUGAGUUCCAAGUAAUAGGAAAUGUAAGUCUUUUGUGCCAUAUAAAGAGGAGCUAAUCAAAUUAACAUUGCUGCAAAAUUUGAUUCUGUGUCAAUAGAGAUUGUAAGACUCUUCUAACCAACAAAUGGGGUGAUGAGCAGUACCCAUGGACAGGACUACUAUGCAAUUCUAACUCUUACACAAACCACCAGGAUUUGUUUGAAUGACAUAUUAGAAAAUUAAAGGAAUCGCUCAAGUCAAAGCAGUUUUUAAAAUGUUGUUACUAGCCCAUUGUGUCUUCUAUGUGUGGAGACAUAGCUGGAUUACAUUUUGUAUUUGAUGUCCUUAACAGCCUUCUUGUGGCAUGACAAUUAUUUGAAAUCAGUAUUAUCAAGUGAAAAUUUGCAGUGUGUGUACAUGUUUAUGCUUCCAAUGUUAAUGUAUCCAUGAAAAGAUAUUGGAUAUGUGUAGGUAAUAUGUAGCCCAUAAAUAUCUGCCAAGCUUUAUGUGAUAGUUAAGUUAUGAAUGAUAGUGUCCCAAUGCACUGCAGGGUAAGUUUAAGUGGAUUGCCCAAAUAAUACUUGUUAUGUAAGCAUUGCCUGUGAUAAUUCCUUUGGUGUGUUUGUUUGUCCAACAAGGUUUAAAUGUGAGGUUGUUACAUAAAUGUUAUAAAUAUGGAAGUUUUCUGUUUAUAGUACUGACCUAUUAUGCUGCAGAGAUGUGUACAUGUAUAUUUUGUACAACAAUGAUGCUAUGUGUAUAUCAUUUGCUUCAUGACAUGUGUGGACAAAGAUAUUGUUCCCUUUGAAUGAAAGAUUUUGACUUCUCGAUCAGAAUGAAGUUGAACCACCAUAAUGGUGGGCACAGGCCGCAGCAGUGUUACUGGGAGUGUGCAGUGAUUGAGUACUGAUCACUUCCUCUACAGUGCCUUGAUAUAACUUCUGCAGUGACAACAGACAGAUAGGAAAACAGUUGCGACAUACAUUGUACAAGGCCAUCUAAAUGGCUAAUAAUAUUUGCCUGAGAUGCUAAUAUAAGGGAAAUUUUCGAUAAUUUAAUUGAGUGUUUGUGUUGAAAUUGACCUAAUGAUAAAUAAAGAAUCUGUAUUUUUAUAAUGUACAAUGUAUUGUAUACUAUACCAUGUAGUAUUCCGUCCGAGAGUUCUUAAUUGAGGUACUACUUUUUAACUUUAAACAGCGAUGGACAAAGGAAAGUGCUUGUUGUGCAUGUAAGUCUGAUUUGUAUGUAACCAAGAUUUUAGAGGAAAGGUGACAAAUGGUCUGAUCCUUUUAUUUGUUUGAGGAAGGUGUAUAAAAAAGAAACUUGGAAAUGUGAACUUUUUUUUUGCAAAAGAAUUUGGCAUGCAUUGUAUUCAUGGGGUGAUCUUGGUGAAUGUUAUAUGUCUUAGUUGUCACCUGUUAGCAUUACUCAGAUGUUACCUAUUAUUUUUUUAGAUCAUGUAUUGGAUGUGAAGUAUCUGUAUAUAUUUGGUUGGUUGAAUUGAAUUCGUAAUAAACCUAUGAAUGUCA